AUGGACAACUACCAAAGGAUAGAGAAGGUCGGUGAAGGAACGUACGGCGUUGUCUACAAAGCCCGGGACCUCGCACACAAUGGCCGCCUCGUUGCCCUCAAGAAGAUCCGCCUCGAGACAGAGGACGAGGGCGUCCCCAGCACAGCCAUCCGUGAAAUUUCAGUCCUCAGGGAGAUGAACCACCCAAAUGUCGUCAGCCUGCUCAACAUCGUCCACGCAGAUAGUCACAAGCUGUAUCUCGUCCUUGAAUUUCUUGAUCUUGACCUCAAGAAGUACAUGGACUCCCUACCAGUAUCUGAUGGAGGCCGUGGCAAGCCUCUUCCUUCUGGAUCGUCUGCAACCAUUCGCACCCUUGGCAUGGGCGACCAGGUCGUGCGCAAGUUCAUGCUUCACCUCUGCGAGGGCAUCAAGUACUGCCAUUCGCACCGUGUCCUUCACCGAGACUUGAAGCCUCAGAAUCUUCUUAUCGACAAAGAAGGCAACCUCAAACUCACCGACUUUGGCCUCGCGAGAGCUAUUGGUGUUCCACUACGUACCUACACCCACGAAGUUGUAACUCUCUGGUAUCGAGCACCAGAGGUCUUGUUGGGAGGCAGGCAGUAUUCAACAGGCGUGGACAUGUGGUCCAUCGGUUGCAUCUUCGCCGAGAUGUGCACGCGCAAGCCAAUAUUCGCUGGCGACUCCGAAAUAGAUGAGAUUUUCAAGAUCUUCCGUGUCCUUGGAACACCCGACAAUGAGAUUUGGCCUGACGUAACUUCUUAUCCUGAUUUCAAGCCCUCCUUUCCGAAAUGGAGACGAAACUAUGACGCCCCCUUGUGCCCCAACCUGGACGAAGAAGGGCUGAAUCUGCUUGAUCUCCUCCUCGUCUACGACCCUGCCUAUCGCCUCUCUGCAAAGAGGGCAUGCACCCAUCCGUACUUUGAUAAGCUUCACUACGAGAACGAGCAGGUUGGCAAAUAG